AAUGGAAAGGUCAUGGAAAUUCAACGCGGACACUAUGGUCUGUGUGAUGAGUCUAUAUUUGAACAGGUGAUUGAUGCUGGAAGGCUGGUCGUCAUGGCAGGAAUUGUAGACAGCCACGUUCAUGUUAAUGAACCAGGUCGCACUGACUGGGAAGGUUUUGAGACUGCGACCAAGGCAGCUGCUGCUGGUGGCAUCACUACCAUCGUUGAUAUGCCUUUGAAUUGCAGUCCAGUGACCACCUCAGUUCAAGCACUGGAAACCAAACUUGCAUGCAUGCCUGGUAAAUGUCACGUGGAUGUUGCCUUCUGGGGAGGAGUGGUACCUGGUAAUCAACAUGAACUUGUGCCCAUGGUGAAGGCAGGAGUUGUUGGCUUUAAAUGCUUCCUGAUCCACAGCGGCCUUGAUGAGUUCCCAAAUGUCUCCGAAGCAGACCUCCAUCUUGCGAUGACGCAGAUGAAGGGAACCAACUCUGUGCUGCUGUUUCACGCUGAAUUAGAUUCAUGCGGCUGCACGGAUGUGACAGGUGAUGUGACGAAAUACGAGACGUUUUUAGCAUCUCGUCCAAGAGAGUGGGAGCAAGAUGCAAUCAAGCUAGUGUGCAGACUGUGCCUCCAAUAUAAGGUGCGCUGCCACAUCGUUCAUCUGUCAUCUGGCGAUGCGGUGCCGAUCAUCAGGCAAGCGCAGAGCGAAGGCGCACCUCUUACCGUCGAGACCUGCAACCACUAUCUGACUCUCUAUGCUGAGGAAGUCCCCACGGGUGCCACUGAGUACAAAUGUGCACCCCCUGUGAGAGAGAAAUCGAACCAGGAUGUUCUGUGGGAGGCGAUCGGUUCCGGUGUGAUACAGACCAUAGUGUCCGACCAUUCUCCGUGUCCGCCGGAAAUGAAGAACCCGGAAACGGGAAACUUCAUGACUGCCUGGGGCGGAAUAUCGUCACUGCAAUUCGGUUUGUCUCUGUUUUGGACUGGGGCUAAGGAGAAAGGCUUCUCUCUGCGGCAAGUACAGCGUCUUCUCUGUGAAAACACGGCUGCACUCUGUCACCUCGACGGAAGCAAGGGCAGCAUUGCAGUCGGCAAAGAUGCAGACUUUGUCAUCUGGGAUCCUGAAGCCACAAUAAUGAUUGAGACUGGUAUGAUUCAGCAUCGACACAAGUUGACACCGUACCUGAACAGACCUUUCUACGGCGUAGUUCACAAAACCAUCGUCAGGGGGCGCAUUGUGUACGAGGCCAACCAACCGAUCCCAAGCGCGAGCGGUCAGCCAAUUCUGCUGCAGUAGUAUUCAAGCAAGCUGUGAUGAGCCUACAUUUUAUUAUCUGGAUUAAUCUUACAGUGGUCACUGUAUAAUUGGUCAUUGAAAUGGUCUUGAGAAUCUACAGCAAAGUUUAGUGGCAAACAGGGAGGCUUAUAAAUAUAAGUGUGCCUGGGAAUUUCGUGUAGUGAAGCUUACUUUAACACGAUGACAUUUUGUAAUGACGUCGAUGUCAGCAUCCUUACGUGAUGUUGUUUUAGUCGUGUUAUGUCAUCCGUUCAUGCAACACCCUGUAACCUCAAAUAGUCAAAGUUCUAUGCAGGGAUGAGAUUGGAUAAUUUAAUUUUCAGCUGAAAUUUUCCGGCGGGCAUGCUCCCCCGGAAUUUUU